CUCUCCGUCAGACACUUGCAGCCAUUUUACGCAGGACGAGUCCAAUCAUGUCGUGAGCGGGAGCCUCGCUCGCCGGUCACCUGCGCGACAGAGACACACGGACACAGGGUUCCGCGCAGGUUCGGUCCGGCUCGCCUCGCCUCGGCUCGGCUCGGCACGGCAGCGCCGGUGCACAAACAUGGUGAAGAGGAAAAGCCUGGACGAGAACGAGCCGGAGUGCGGGAAGGGAAUACCGUUCCCCAUCCAGACCUUCCUGUGGAGGCAGACCAGUGCGUUCCUGCGUCCAAAGCUGGGAAAGCAGUAUGAAGCCUCCUGUGUGUCCUUUGAGCGCGUGCUGGUGGAGAACAAGCUCCACGGCCUGUCGCCGGCGCUGUCAGAAGCCAUCCAGAGCAUCUCCCGCUGGGAGCUGGUCCAGGCGGCGCUGCCUCACGUCCUCCACUGCACCUCCAUCCUGCUGUCCAACAGGAACAAGCUGGGACACCAGGACAAACUGGGCGUGGCCGAGACCAAGCUCCUCCACACGCUGCACUGGAUGCUGCUGGACGCGGCGCAGGAGUGCAACCACGAGCCAAGCCUGGGCCACGGCUGGUCCAGGGGCAGCAGCAGCAGCGCCUUCCUCCAGCCUGUGGGGAACCAGGGCUCGUCGCCCGGGGCCCCCGGCUCCGGCUCCGGCUCGGCCCUGGGCAGCAUGGGGCCCCAACACAGCAGCUCGCUGCUGGAGGAGGACGAGCAGGCGCGCACCAAGCUCUUCCACAAGAGCAUGGAGACAGUGGAGCUGUUUGUGUUCCUGUUUGCUCCGCUCAUUCACAGAAUCAAGGAGUCGGACCUGACCUUCCGAUUGGCCAGUGGUCUGGUCAUUUGGCAGCCGAUGUGGGAGCAUCGGCAACCGGACAUCCCGGCCUUCACGUCGCUCAUCAAACCUGCGAGAAACAUCGUGACAGCAAAGAGGAACUCCCCAGUCAACAACCAGUGCAGCCCCUGUGGAUCUGGCAACCCGGGCCCCACGGGCUUCCAGGUGGUUUGCGAAGCCACCCAAUCAGACUCCUCCUCCCCUGCAGCUGGAGAGCAGCGAUGUCGUCGUGGUAACUCGGUCGAGAAAGGCGGCCCUUCCCAGCAACCCCCGCCGGUCAAGGGGCCCUCCAAGAAAAAGACCUCGGCCCCCGCCGGUCUGCCCACAUCCAUGGCCCAGCGAGCGCGCUACGCCACCUACUUUGAUGUGGCAGUGCUGCGCUGUCUUCUGCAGCCACACUGGACGGAGGAGGGCGUGCACUGGGCCUUGAUGUAUUACCUGCAGCGCCUGAGGCAGAUCCUGGAGGAGAGACCCGAGCGCACCCCGGAGCCCCUGGUCAUGCCGCUGCCACGGCCGCGCAGCAGCUCCAUGGUGGCUGCCACGCCGUCGCUGGUCAACACUCACAAGACCCAGGAUAUGAGUCUGAAAUGCAACGAGGAGGAGAAAUCCCUGAGCACGGAGACGUUCACAAAGGUGUCCCUGACCAACCUCCGUCGACAGGCUGUCCCCGACCUGUCCUCUGACCUGGGCAUGAACAUCUUCAAGAAGUUCAAGAACCGACGCGACGACCGGGAGAGGAAAGGCUCCAUCCCCUACCACCACACGGGGAAGAAGCGGCAGCGGCGCAUGGGCGUUCCCUUCCUGCUGCACGAGGACCACCUGGACGUCUCGCCCACACGCAGCACCUUCUCCUUCGGGAGCUUUUCCGGGCUGGGAGACGACCGGCGAGCUCUGGACCGCGGUGGCUGGCAGGCGACGAUCAUGGGCCGAUUCACGCGGAGGGGGAGCACGGACACGGCGGCAGACGCGGACAGCCUGAGUGCCAAGCACUCGCACUCCCACCACUCUCUCCUCAGAGACAUGCCCGACCACUCCAACAGCCACAGCGACAACACUGUCAAAGAGGUUCGAUCGCAGAUCUCCACCAUCACCAUGGCGGCAUUCAACACCACAGUGGCGUCCUUCAACGUGGGCUACUCGGACUUCUUCACCGAGCACAUGAAGAAACUGUGUAACCCCGUCAACGUCCCCGAGAUGCCCGUGGAGCCGCUGGCGUGCGCCAACCUGCCGCGCAGCCUCACCGACUCCUGCAUCAACUACUCCUGUCUGGAAGAAGGGGAGAACAUCGAGGGGACCAAUAACUUUGUGCUGAAGAACGGCAUGCUUGACCUCACUGCCAUCCUGCGAGCGCUCUACGCCGUCCUCAGUCACGACAUCAGCUCCAGGAUCUGCGACGUGGCCCUCAACAUCAUCGACUGCCUGCUACAGCUGGGCGUGGUGCCCGGCAUGGGCAAGAAGCUGUCCAAGCCCGACAACAAGGAGAACCAGGAGGCGCGGGCCAAAGACGGGACUGCGCAGGGCCUCGGAGGAGGAGCACAGGGGUGUGGAGCCGCGCCAGGGGCGGGCGGAGGCGGAGAUGGAGGCGGAGGAGGAGGAGGAGGCGGGGGCAGCGGAGGAGGGAGCGGGCAGGGGAGCAAGGACGACGUGAAGAAUAACAAAGAGAAUGAUAAAAAGGAGGAGGGCUCCGGCCUCAGCGCUCACCGCUUGGCUCUGACCAUGCUGAUAAAGAUAGUCAAGUCUCUGGGCUGCGCCUACGGCUGCGGCGAGGGACACCGCGGUCUGUCAGGAGAUCGCCUCAGGAUGCAGGCACAGAACUGCCUGACCAGCCUGUAUAAGCUGGACAAGCUGCAGUUUCGCCAGACAAUACGCGAGUAUGUGAACAAAGACUCUCUCAAUAACAUUGUGGACUUCCUGCAUGCGCUGCUGGGCUUCUGCAUGGAGCCCAUUACCGACAAGUACGGCAGUGCAGGUGAGAGGUCCAGGAGGGCGAAAAAAAGAAACAUCGACAAGGCCGGGUUCGGGAAUAACUUCACCACGGGGGACAACAAGUCUGUGGCACAGAACAUGGAGGCGGUGGUGGUGGGCUGCAUGUUCAAGUCCCUGAUCACGCGCUGUGCGUCCACCACGCAUGAGCUGCACAGCCCAGAGAACUUGGGUCUGUACUGCGACAUCCGCCAGCUGGUGCAGUUCAUCAAGGAGGCGCACGGGAACGUGUUCCGCAGGGUGGCGCUGAGCGCGCUGCUGGACAGUGCGGAGAAACUCACCACCACCAAGAAACCUGACGAGAAGGAGGAGGCCAAACAGGCCGGACCCAGGAGGUCAGAGGCGGGUGUGUCCGGGGAGAAGGGUCAGGUGUCCAGUGCUGCAGAUGAGUGUCACAGCUACAUCUCCAGUAGACCCCCCCAGACCCCCGAACAUGAAGAACAAAUCCCCGGCGCGCUGCUGGGCAGGAAGGAUUUCUGGAGGAAGAUGUUCAAGUCGCAGAGCGCCGCCAGUGACACGAGCAGCCAAUCGGAGCAGGACACCUCAGAGUGCACCACCGCCCACUCCGGCACCACAACGGACCGGCGCUCUCGAUCCAGAUCCCGUCGCAUUUCGCUCCGCAAGAAACUGAAGCUGCCUAUUGCAUGCCGUCGGACCGUACGCCACCCACUCACUCUCUCUGUCUUACGCAACUGGCUGAAGCGUUCCUCUCUUUCUGGACUGACUGACGGUGUGGAGGACCUGCUGGACAUCAGCUCAGUCGACCGACUCUCCUUCAUACGGCAAAGUUCAAAGGUGAAGUUCACCAGUGCGGUGAAGCUGUCCGAAGGGGGCGCUGCAGGGCCAGAGUACGGCAGGGACGAGGAGGAGAAUUUCUUCAAGCGGCUUGGUAAAUGGAGGUCUGGCAGGAGGAAUCCAUCCAAGCUUCACCACACAGAAGAGAAAGAUGGUCCUCACGGUUUUCAGGAGCGUCUCGCAGCCAGUCAGGAGGCCAUGAAGAAUAAGAACGUGGUGAAUUUGGGUGCCAUACGACAGGGUAUGAAACGCUUCCAGUUCCUGCUGAAUUGCUGCGAGCCGGGAACCAUCCCAGACGCCUCCAUCCUUGCUGCUGCUCUGGACCUGGAAGCUCCAGUUGUUGCUCGGGCCUCCCUCUUCCUCGAGUGUGCCAGAUUCGUCCACCGCUGUAACCGUGGCAACUGGCCCGAGUGGAUGAAGGGUCACCACGUCAAUAUCACCAAGAGGGGCCUGUCGAGGGGGAGAUCACCGAUCGUGGGCAACAAAAGGAACCAGAAACUCCAGUGGAACGCUGCCAAACAUUUCUGCCAGUGGGGAGACGCAAUCGGCACACGGCUCAGUGAACUGUGUCACUCUGACAGCGAGAGCCCAGCUAACAUCCUGGGUUACAUCUAUGACGAAGAGACCAAACGGAGAAUGAGAAAAGAAGAUGAGGAUGAGGACUAUUUAGAUGACAACACAGUCAAUCCUACAAAAUGUGGCUGCCCCUUUGCUUUGAAAAUGGCCGCCUGCCAGCUCCUGUUGGAAAUCACCACUUUCCUGCGUGAGACUUUUCCCUGUUUGCCACGCCCCCGCACCGAGCCACUUGUGGAUCUCGACAGCUGCCGCCUGCGGCUAGACCCCGAGCUCGGCCGCCAUCGCUACGAGAGGAAGAUCAGCUUCGCAGGCAUUCUUGAUGACGAGGACGGGCACGACUCUCUCAACAGCAGCAGCCACACGUUGAAGUCUGACACCACCGGUGAUGAAAAGAAGGCCCCGGAAACUCAGGCACCCAUCAGGAAGAUUCGUAUAGGAGGCUCUCGGCUGCUUCAGAUCAAAGGGGCGCGCAGCUUCCGUGUGAAGAAGGGAGGCUCGCUGUCGUCCAUACGCCGAGCAGGGAGCCUCAAAAGCACCAAGAUGUCUCGCCAGGACUCUGAGUCCGAGAACGAAGAGGGUUUAUUGUCCCAAACUCAAAGCAGGGACACAGUUACUGACAUUGGUAGUCCAUUCAGCACCAGUGAGCCCAGCAUAGAGCCGGAGGGCCAGGGCUCAGGAGGAGCAGAGGACAACUACCACCGCAACAUGUCCUGGCUCCAUAUCAUGAUCCUGCUGUGCAACCAGCAGAGUUUCAUCUGCACCCACAUCGACUUCUGCCACCCGCACUGCUACCAGCACCACAGCCGCUCCUGCGCCCGUCUGGUGCGAGCCAUCAAGCUCGUGUAUGGCGAGACGGUGGACAGCCUGCGGGAAGACAGCGCCUCCUCUGGUAACAUCGGGGCACGUGCAAAGAAAACCAAAGAGUGUUCAGACAAGUCGUGUCUGAGGACCCCGUCCAUGAAAAGAAGACCCACUGACUCCAACACAGAGGGGAAGAAAGACACAGGCAUGCUCAAGUACAUCCGCAACCAGGUGAUGAGCUUGUCACCGGCGCCACUCUCGCUGCUAAUCAAAGCGGCUCCCAUCUUGACUGACGACAUGUACGGCGACGUCCAGCCUGCAGCCUGGGAGCUGCUGCUCAGUGUGGACGAACAUAUGGCAGCUGCCGCUGCGGCCAUGUUCCUCCUGUGCGCGGUCAAGGUCCCAGAUGCGGUGACCGAGAUGAUGAUGGCGGAGUUCCAGCACCAGGAGGCGUGUCAGCGCAUCAACUCCAUCCUGAAGUUUUACACGCUGUGGCGUUUCCGCUACCAGGUGUGGCCCCGCAUGGAGGAAGGAGCACAGCAGAUCUUUAAGAUCCCUCCGCCCAGCAUCAACUUCACCCUCCCGUCUCCUAUACUGGGAAUGCCCUGUGUCCCCAUAUUUGACCCCCCGUGGGUGCCACAGAACACUGGCAGCGUCCAGGACCCAAUCAAUGAAGACCAGUCCAAAUCGUUCUCAGCGCGGGCGGUGUCGCGCUCCCACCAGCGAGCCGAGCACAUCCUGAAGAACCUGCAGCAGGAGGAAGAGAAGCGGCGUCUGGGCCGCGAGGCCAGCAUCAUUACGGCCAUCCCUGUGGCUCAGGAGUCCUGCUACGAGCCCACGUGCAGCCCGCCGCCUGAGCAGGAGGAAGAAGCAGAAGAAGUGGUGAACCUGACAUCGCGCCGCCUGUCCGUCAGCCCCUCCUGCGCCUCCAGCAACUCCCACAGGAACUACUCUUUCCGCCGGGGCUCUGUGUGGUCGAUGCGUUCGCUGGCCAGCGCUGAGGAUGAAGAGAACACAACAGAACACACUCCCACUCACCACAUGCUACAGCCACCUCAAGCUGUCUUCCCAGCAUGCAUCUGUGCUGCCGUUCUACCAAUUGUGCACCUCAUGGAGGAUGGGGACGUUCGAGAGGACGGUGUGGCUGUGAGUGCCGUGGCACAGCAAAUCCUCUGGAACUGCCUGAUUGAGGAUCCGGCCCUGGUUCUGCGCCACUUCCUGGAAAAGCUAACCGUGAGCAACAGACAGGACGAGUUGAUGUACAUGCUGAGGAAGCUGCUGCUCAACAUCGGAGAUCUGCCGGCUCAGACCUCUCACAUCCUCUUUAACUACCUGGUUGGUCUGAUCAUGUACUUUGUGCGGACUCCCUGUGAGUGGGGCAUGGACGCCAUCUCAGCCACACUCACCUUCCUGUGGGAGGUGGUGGGUUAUGUGGAGGGGCUGUUCUUCAAAGACCUGAAGCAGACCAUGAAGAAGGAGCAGUGUGAGGUCAAGCUGCUGGUCACUGCGUCCAUGCCAGCAGGAACCAAAACUCUGGUGGUGCACGGGCAGAACGAGUGCGACAUCCCAACACAGCUGCCAGUGCAUGAAGACACUCAGUUUGAAGCCCUGCUGAAGGAGUGUCUUGAAUUUUUCAACAUACCUGAGGCCAGAUCAGCGCACUACUUCCUCAUGGACAAACGAUGGAACCUCAUCCAUUAUUCUAAGACAUAUGUAAGAGACAUCUAUCCCUUCCGGAGGUCAGUUUCUCCUCAGCUCAACUUGGUUCACAUGCUGCCAGAGAAAGGACAAGAGCUCAUUCAGAAACAGGUGUUUUCCCGUAAACUGGAGGAGGUGGGCCGUGUCCUCUUCCUCAUCUCGCUCACGCAGCACAUGCCGGCUGUGCACAAGCAAUCCCACGUCUCCCUGCUGCAGGAGGAUCUGCUGCGUCUGCCGUCUUUCCCACGCACCGCCAUCGACGCAGAGUUCUCACUGUUUAAUGAGCCGCAAGGUAAGGAACUGUUUGGACUAGACACUCUCCACAAAGUGCUGUGGAUCAAGCUGCUGGAGGAGAUGUUCCUGGGCAUGCCCAGUGAGUACCCGUGGGGCGACGAGAUGAUGCUCUUCCUCAACGUCUUCAACGGGGCGCUGCUGCUGCACCCCGAGGACAGCGCCCUCCUCAGGCAGUACACGGCAACGGCCAUCAACACCGCUGUCCACUUUAACCAUCUGUUCUCCCUGAGUGGCUACCAGUGGAUUCUGCCAACCAUGCUGCAGGUCUAUGCUGACUAUGAGAGCAAUCCUUUACUGAGGCAGGGCAUUGAGUUCUGCUGCCGACAGUUCUACAUCCUCCACCGCAAACCCUUUGUCCUGCAGCUGUUUGCAAGUGUGGCUCCGCUGCUAGAAUUCACAACCAGCACGAGCACUGGUCUGUCUAAAGGAGUCUCAGCCCAGUGUCUGUUCGACCUGCUCGUCUCUCUGGAGGGUGAGACUCAGGACGCCCUGGAUGCUCUGGAGCUGGUCAAGGCUGAGAAACCGCUGCGCUCUCUGGAUUUCUGUUAUGGAAAUGAGGACUUGGCCUUUUCUAUCAGCGAGUCCAUCAAACUGUGUGUGACUGUGGUCGCUUAUGCUCCUGAAUCCUUCAGGAGUCUCCAGAUGCUCAUGGUCCUCGAGGCCUUAGUUCCCUGCUUCCUCCAGAAGCUGAAGAGUAACACAGUGACCAUGGAAUCUGCAUCCGCUGCCAGAGAUGAGAUCGCCGCCAUUGCUGCGCUGGCUACGUCACUGCAGGCCCUCCUGUACAGCUCAGAGACCCUAACGAGACCCAUGACAGCCCCACAGUUGUCCCGCUGUGAUCAGGGUCAUAAGGGAGGAACGACUGCCAAUCACACCAUGUCAGGAGGUGUCAACACCAGGGACAACCUCCACCUCCUGGAGGAGGGUCAAGGAAUGCCAAGGGAGGAGCUGGAUGAGCGCAUUGCCAGGGAGGAGUUUCGCCGGCCACGGGAGUCCCUGCUAAAUAUCUGCACCGAGUUUUACAAACACUGCGGACCACGGCUCAAGAUCCUGCAGAACGUUGCCGGUGAGCCCAGGGUCAUAGCCCUGGAGCUGCUGGAUAUAAAGUCGCACAUGAGGCUUGCUGAGAUCGCUCAUGCCCUGCUGAAGCUGGCGCCCUAUGACACCCUGACCAUGGAGAGCCGCGGGCUGCGGCGCUACAUCAUGGAGAUGCUGCCCAUCACCGACUGGUCGUCCGAGGCCGUCCGCCCAGCCCUCAUCCUCAUCCUCAAGCGGCUGGACCGCAUGUUCAACAAGAUCCACAAGAUGCCCACGCUCAGGUGCGCUCGCCCACAGGCUUUAUGCACCAGGAGACAGGUGGAGUGGGAGGCGGCCAGCAGCCUGAUCGAGGGGAUCUGUCUGACCCUGCAGCGGCAGCCAAUCAUCUCCUUCCUGCCGCACCUUCGCUCGCUGAUUAAUGUCUGCGUCAACCUGGUGAUGGGUGUGGUGGGUCCCUCCAGCGUGGCAGAUGGGCUUCCUCUGCUCCACCUCAGCCCCUACCUCUCCCCUCCUCUCCCCUUCAGCACAGCGGUCGUCAGGCUGGUUGCCCUGCAGAUACAGGCCUUGAAGGACGACUUCCCACUCAGUCACGUGAUCUCACCUUUCACAAAUCAGGAGAGACGAGAGGGGAUGCUGCUCAACCUGCUCAUUCCCUUUGUUCUGACGGUUGGCUCUGGAAGCAAAGACAGCCCUCAUCUGGAGCAGCCCGAGAUCUUCCUGCUCCUCCAGACGGUCAUCAACAUCCUGCUGCCCCCUCGGAUCAUCUCCACCUCUCGCACCAAGAACUUCAUGCUGGACGCCUCGCCCGCUCACUGCUCCACCCCGGGCGACGCGGGGAAGGAUCUGCGCAGAGAGGGACUGGCGGAGUCCACCAGCCAGGCUGCGUAUCUGGCUCUGAAGGUGGUGCUGGUUUGCUUUGAGCGGUCGUUGGGAAACCAGUGGUACCGGCUGAGCCUGCAGGUGAAAGAGAUGGCUCUGAGGAAGGUGGGAGGCCUCGCCUUUUGGGAUUUCAUUGACUUCAUCGUCCGAACCCGUAUCCCUAUCUUCGUGCUGCUGAGACCAUUCAUCCAGUGCAAGUUGCUGACUCAGCCCGCCGACUCCCAGGAAGAGAUUACUGCACGUCACCACAUCGCCGACCAGCUGGAGCGACGCUUUAUCCCCAGACCUCUGUGCAAGAGCUCCCUGUUCGCGGAAUUCAACAACGAACUCAAGAUCCUGAAGGAGGCUGUGCACAGCGGCUCUGCCUAUCAGGGCAAGACGUCCAUCAGCACAGUGGGCACCUCCACGUCAGCGUACCGCCUCAGUUUGGCCACGAUGUCGCGCUCUAACACGGGCACUGGCACAGUGUGGGAGCAGGAGAGCCAGCCGUCACGCCAACCUUCCCAAGACACGCUCAGCCGCACGGAUGAGGACGACGAAGAGAAUGAUUCCGUGAGUAUUCCCAGCGUGGUGAGUGAGCACGAGGCCUUCCUGCCCAGAGUGAUCGCAGAGCGCCGUUUCUCCAGCCACGCCACAGGCUCUGUGACCUCGCAGCCUGACGCCCCGCGCAGCACCAUGCUGCCCAGCCACAGUGAACCCAAUGUGCUAGAUGAGUCCCAGGGGCUUCUGCAGGAGGGUAACCUCUCUAGGGUUGCCAGUGUGCAGAGUGAACCGGGUCACCAGAACCUCCUGAUACAACCGCCGCUUGGAAGAAAACGUGGCCUCAGACAGCUACGGCGCCCCCUGCUGUCCAUUCCAAAGAAUGAACUGCGCGAUCGAGCGGGCGCGCGGCUCUCCACGACGCGCAGGAGCAUCCAGCCAAAGAACAAACCACUGGAAACUUUAUUGGACUGUGAAGGUGAGAUACAAAGCCUUAACUUCUUCUCCCCACACCCCUUUUAUCUGCAACCUCACCCCCCAAUAGGACGCUCUGCAUGUCUGUCUUGCAUCCCUUCCCCCAGUCCCUGUGUCCCCCUCCUGUCCCACCAUUCCUGCCUCCACUCUCCUUUGGUGGUGCUGUUGUGUCAGCGACACGGCGAGCUAGUGCCGUCAUCUCUCCGUCUUGUGCCCACAGCGCACGGAGACCAGAAGAGGUCGGUGACUUUCACGGAGACGUCAGCGGGGAUGAGCAAGCCCCCAACUCCCAGCACCGUGGUGGACCCUCCGGGGGAGGACAAGAAGGCCAGUCCUGCUGCAUCAAAGUCCCCCACCCUGGAAGUGCCCUCUGUCUCCUCAGCCACUGUCACGGCUGACCUGCACAGUCCCGCUCACACACAGGUUCCUUCAGCCGUAAGCAGCAAAGAGAAGAGAGAGCAGUGGGGGCUCCGCAGCAGCCUCUCCCCUCCUCCCUCCAUCUCCCGCCCCUCCACUCCAACCCCUCCACCACGCGUCUGCUCCCCAUCGCCCCUGUCCCGAACCUGCUCCCCUCUCCCUCUCCCUCUGUCUCGCACGUCCUCCCCUCUUCCUCCACCACUCCCAGUACUGGGCGCGACGCCGGCCCCGGGCCCCCCACCGCCGCCGCCGCUGCCGCCGGCCCCACUCCUCCCUCCGCCUCCACCGGGGCCGCCUCGGAUCAGAGAGAGCCCCGGGGACGAGGACACGACUGCGCUCCUGCCGCGCUGCGGCACGCUGCUGCACCUCAGCGAGGACGCCGGCACGGAGAACCCGCUCCUCGCCCCGCUGCUGUCCCCUCCCUCACCUCGCCGCACGCCCCUGCCGCUCUCGCCCGUUGACCUGGACCUGGACGAGUCCCAUGUGUGAGAGCGCUGACAGGUGGUGAGGAAAUAUUACAAAUAUGACAAUGUACGUUUAGAUUUAAAGGUCCAGUCUGUGCGAAUUAGGGACAUGAGGAUGUAGAAACAUGGCAGCACAAAAUAGCUGCCUUCAUAAAUCAAGACCAUUGCUUAAAAUACGUACAGAAACAGCUAUAUAUGUAUACAUGUGUAUAUAUAAAGAUAGAUAGAUAAGCGGUUAUACACUUCAAAAGUCUUCAAACCAUCCUGAAUCUUACGCACUAGACCUUUAAACCUAUUGUUUAUUUACAACACACUACAUAAACUGGGGUUAGAAUGUAUGGAACGACCUCUUGUUCAUCUCCAUCAGUUAAAAUAUGGAGAUUUCUGUUGUAUUUUAUGUCAAAACUCAUAAAUAAUAGUCGUAGAGAAGGUUAAAGGAUGAUAUUGGAGUAAUUAACGUAUGCCUCUAAUAGAUUUAAAUAUAAUAAGAAUAAUACUAAGAGAGAUAUUGAAUCUAUACAUGUUCCAAAAAGAAGAUGAUGCAGUUUGUGUGUGGGUGCAGUAAAUUAAGAGCCAUUAUUAUUAUUAAUCUGUGGGUGAAAUUAGGGCUUGAAAUAAGCGAGUGCAGUACAGAUUAUUUUAAAAAAAUAGACACAAUAUUUUAAUCCUGUGGAAAAGAAGCAAGACAGUAGAUGUUUUAUAUUCUAGGAGAUUCAUUUUAGUUUGUCAAUAUGAUAACAAAAAUAUAUUUAAAAAAUAAUUAA